UGUUUGUUAAAGUUCUGUUUCCCUGCCUUUCAGAUCGCCUUUAUUUCGCAGUUCUCUGCCAAAAACCAAAGAGUGGAGCUGCAGCUUCAGAUACCCAUUACUUCUGUGUAGACAAUGAACUUGUGUAUGAGAACUUCUAUGGAGAUUUUGGACCACUCAAUCUGGCAAUGGUCUACAAAUACUGCUGCAAGCUAAGUAAGAAAUUAAAGUCAUUUUCAUUGAUAAAGAAGAAAAUAGUUCAUUAUACUGGCUUUGAUCGAAAAAAGCAAGCAAAUGCUGCGUUUCUCAUAGGCUCCUACGCAAUAAUAUAUCUGAAACAAUCACCAGAAGAUGUAUACAAGCUUGUACUGGCUGGCAGUAUUUCAUAUCUUCCUUUCAGGGACGCUUCAUUUGGUACUUGCAGUUUUCAUCUAACAUUGCUGGACUGUUUUCACGCAAUAAACAAAGCUUUGCAGUAUGGUUUUCUGGAUUUUGAUGAAUUUGAUGUAAAUGAAUAUGAGCAUUAUGAGAGAGCAGAAAAUGGAGAUUUUAACUGGAUAAUACCAAACAAAUUCAUUGCCUUCAGUGGACCUCAUUCAAGAAGUAAAAUUGAAAAUGGCUAUCCCCAUCAUGCUCCAGAAGCUUAUUUCCCAUACUUCAGGAAACAUAAGGUCACCACUAUAAUACGCCUCAACAAAAAAAUGUAUGAUGCCAGACGUUUUACGGAUGCUGGAUUUGAGCAUUUUGACCUCUUCUUUGCUGAUGGAAGCACACCUAAUGAUACUAUUGUUAAAGCAUUUCUAAAUAUUUGUGAAAAUGCUGAAGGUGUUAUAGCCGUUCAUUGCAAAGCUGGUCUUGGACGAACUGGCACACUUAUUGCCUGUUAUAUUAUGAAGCAUUAUCGAAUGACAGCUGCUGAAACUAUUGCCUGGAUUAGAAUAAAUAGACCAGGUUCAGUGAUUGGACCACAACAACAUUUCCUGAUGGAAAAACAGCCAGAACUUUGGAGAGAAGGAGAUCUUUUCCAUGCAAAAUUGAGACGAAACUGUGAAAUGGGUGUAACAGGAAUCGUAUCCGGAGUAGGUCAUAUUUCAAUUAAUGGUGUUAGAAACAGGAGAACCAUCCAAAACGACACGGAACUGUACAGUGAUGAAGAUGAAACAGACUGUGUAACACAAGGUGAUAAGCUUCGUGCUCUGAAAAGUAAAAGAAAAGCAAAAUCUACAACCGCAUCUCCACUAAAAUGGCUCCUAGCUAUGCUGGUGUCUACACUGUGUAGCAUUGUCAUCUGGUGGAUUGUAUGUGGCUCCCUUCUUCCCAGCCUGCUAUUCUGUCUAGAUGGUUUAAGAACAUAGUAACCAUCAGGACCCCCUGAAAGAGAGCCACUGUCAGCCAGUCCAUCACAAGAACUAGGACAGUAUUGCGUUAAAAUUUCAAAUCGGCAAGCAAUUUUGAAAGGGGAUAUCCAGGCAUGAAGGGGAUACAACUUGACACUUGAUUGCAAUUCUAGGAAGAUUGUCUUCGGCGUCAUUUAAACAGAAGAAACUUACUCACACUCGUUAAAUAAAACUGGCAACAUGCUUGGUGUACAAUUUCUUAAUUGAUAAUUCUUCCUCAAGCAAAACCAACAAAAUAUGUGUGAAUUCAGACUCAGGUGUAAAUACUUGAGCUCUCUAUUUUGAAGAGGGCUCCCAUGUAUAUUUGAUGCAUGUGUAUAAAAUGUGAUGGCAAUCAAUUAGAGCUGCUGACCACCAGAAGUGGAAAAAAUGGUGGGAGUUUUUAAUAUAUGAAUCUGUGUUUUUCAUUCAGACUUGGCUCAGGUCUCUACUUGAGACUGAAACCCAACCACAGAGGCUUUGUGCUCAUAGAAUUGGUACUCUCUUGUGUUAAUUGGCUUUAUAUGACUUUUUUUUUUUUUUUUUAAUGAAGUCCCAGUGUUGAGAAUACAAAGUAAUUCUUGUCUGCCAAAGACUGCUUUAUUUUCAGUGAUUUUUUUUUUAUUUCAAUUUUGGAGGGGAAGAUAAAAAAAAAAAAAAAGGACAACUGAAAGCUAUUGUCUCAUUUUUAAUAGUGAUAGGUUUUCAAUUGUUCUUAACCACUAGUUCUUUUACCUAUUUGUAAUUGCUUUAAAUCUGGUAUGAUUGUAAGAAGGAGGAAAAACAUUUAAAGCAGUGAAGUGUCAUUACUCUUCAUAUCUUCAGGUCUUUUAGAUGAACCUUUAUACUACCAUAUCUGAAAGGUAAGACUUUUUCCCCAGGAUUCAUUGGUAGAUUUAAUAAUUUAUGAAUGUUACUGGGUUUCUGGUGUUGAUGAUGAUGUUGUUUUGCUUGAACAUACUUAAUGAGUGUAGCACUUUUUUUUUUUUUUUUUAAAGAAAUAUACACUUUCUGUACAACUGAAAUUGAUAAUAGAACUCAGGAGCAGAUUCAGUUGGGAAUAUCUAAUUACAAUGAUUACAAAACUACUGCUUACCUCAGUUAAAAGCAGUGAAGUUUUUAGAGAGUGAAAUUUUCAUCCACUACAAGUCUUAAAACACUGGCAACCUUCUUUCCCUUCUGUAUUCACGUUAUGAGGUAUGUCUCAAAAGCUUGUUUUGAAGUGAGGCAUUCUUGCUGCCUGGAAGCCUAUAGCUGCAUUUUCCUCAAGUGAGAACUACUGCCAUGUAGACUUAGAUAGAAUACAGUUCUCUCUUCAUUUUGUAACUCUUACAGAAGAAAGAAAUAGAAAAGGAGACCUGGAAUCAUGGGAUCAUAGAAUCCUUAGAGGUGGAAGGGACCUUUAAAGGGAAUGUAGUCCAACUCCCCAGCAGUGAAUAGGGACAUCCACAGCUAGAUCUGGUUGCUUGGAGCCUGGCCUAGUUUGGCCUUGAGUGUCUCCAGGGAUGAGGCAUCCACCACAUUCGCUGCAACCCGCUCAGUGCCUCACUACCCUCACUGUAAAAGACUUUUUCCUUAUAUCCAACCUAAAUCUUCCCUCUUUAAGUUUGAAACCAUUUCCUCUUGUCCUGUCACCACAGACCCUGCUAAAAAGUCAGUCCACUUCUUUCUUGUAGCUUCCAUUUAGACACUUGAAGGUGUUCAGUUCAUUGCUUCAUUUUUGGGGCCCUCCUCUGGAUGUGUUCCAACAGGUCUGUGUCUCUCCUGCACUGAGGACUUUGCAUCUGGAUGAGGUCGAGGUUUCUCCAGCAGAGCGUAGAGUGGCAGGAUUGCCUCAUUCACCCUUCCAGACACACUUUUUCAAUGUACUUGGAUAUGAUUGGCCACCUGGGCUGCAAGGGACAGUGUUGGCUCAUGUUCAGCUUGCCACCCACUAGGACCUCCAAGUCAUAUUUGGCUGGGAAUUGUAGCAACACAACAUUUUUUUAAGAUCCAGAUUGUAUUUGCAGGGUGGAGGAUUUUCUUUCUAUGAAGAAAGAACUAUUUUCAAAUGAAAGGAAGUGUUCUGUUACACUAGUGGUUUCUCAGUGCCCUUAUGAAUAACUGCACGUGGGUUUGAAUACUUUUUUGUGGCCAAAGAAGAGCACUGAGAGAGAGGAGGCAGGAUGUAAAAUGUACAAUGAUAGCAUCUAUGAGUGUGUAUAAAUAUACAUAUAUGUUUGUAUACUCCAGAUUUGCAAAUAUGAACACAAAAUAGUAAAGGUUUGUAUGGUACAAGAUAAGGAGCACUGAGGCUUAUACCAUGUCUUGUUUGUUUGUUUGUUCUUGUUUUCCACUUAAUCUUCACUAUCUCUUCCAAUCUUCCUGGUGAGAACCACCCAAAAAACAGGACAGAACUCAACCUGAUAGUGAUAAAAAUUUUACUUCCUUUUUUUUUUUUUUUUUUCUUUUUACCUUCUUUGCCAAAACUGCAGCAGGUGAUGUGUUGCACAAAUAUGAAUCCUUUAUUUUUGAAGGAAAUUUUCAUCUUGAAAAUUUUUAUCAGUGAACUUCCUUGCAAGUCUUAACAGGCAGAAAAAUUCUGAGUUGGAUUUUCCCUUUUUUAAAGUAACCAGCAAAAUAAUUAGUACUUCGAAGUUAAUUAGAAGCAAAUUUGCUUAAAUUUGCACACUGCAUGUCAACUCAAGCUAAACCAAAACUGUAUUUGGCAUGAAUAUCCAGUGCCGAGUAUCUUGCUGAGAAGCACCUAAGUGUCAGAGUUUCAGAUAUUAACAUGAAAGCUCUCCAAGCAGUCUCACAUGGUGAAUUAACCCAUUACCUCGUUGUGUCUCAUCUAAUUGUUUUGCUUUGUCUGCCUAAGUUUUUAGUACUUUGUCUUCUAUCCUUACUGCACCAUACCAAAGCUGUCUUAAGUACAGUUAAGAAGAGUAGCCAUGGAUGAGGGAGUCCUUGGUUCCAAAUCUUGUUUGAAAUGUGAAGUAUUGCGUGCCAAAAAGGAGCAGCUGUAUGACAGCAGCGCAACAGAGCUGCUGAAGGAACUUUAUUUCUGCUGUUACCAACUAGCAAUUUUGGUUAAAUUAUUUCCACUCUUUCAACACGUGAUAUGGAUUUUUCUGUGAUCUCUGCAACAUAUUCAGUAGCUGUGGUAUCUUAGGUUAAAUUGCUAACUUCCAUUACAGUAUCAGUAUAAUUAAUGAAAACAAAAAGGCAGUUCACUUUUAGAUGAAGGGGUUUGGGGCGGGGGGGGGGGGGGGGGGGUGGGGAGGAGUUAAAGAAGUUAAAUCAGACCAUGUCCUUUUGCCCCAGGAUGACAGAAUAAGUGCUACUUUAAAAAGAACAAUAAUUAUAACAAAGAAAAACAAUAUUUGUAGAGACUCAUGCAUUAAAAUGGGGGGAGGAAAAAGUUACAUUUGCCAACUUGUUGCACUGCAGCUUUUAUAUUAAUAGUUUGCAGACUGUCUUAUGUAAACUCGUGUGCAGACUAUCAAGAUCUAGAAGUCUUUGACUAAUCUGUACUAUUCAUCCUGAUUAUUUUUAAAUUGUAUAUUUCUAAUCAUAUUUUUUUAACUUGGAUUGACAGAAUGGGAGUUUAUUUUGCUGGAGGUAUUUUUAAGAUAAAGCUUCAUAUUAUCUUGUAAUAUCGAAUAGUUCAAUAUGUGUCUCAUUGGAAAAUAGUGCAUAUUGUAUUUGGUUUUAUACAAAAUAUUGAAUAGUGAAAAUUGUAAACAUGAAUUAUGUAAAAUUAAAAAUGAUCAUCAGAA